UCAAUUUUACAUUGUCUGUAUUGUCUGGCGUUACGGGAGAGCGAUCUCUAGUCAGUCGAUUGCUAGAGGUAAUGAAUUUGUGUGCAUGUUGGAACAUGAUGAAUAAAGUCAUGUUAUAGAAUACAAUUCAUUCUAUCACAAAAAGAUGCGUUAACAAACUGCUUCUGAGAAUUUGGAACCCGUCUGUGUUGAGGCGCAAUACGCACUGGAGAUCACGGAGGCCGUGCAGUAGGAACGCUGACUGCCAUUCGUCGCGAAAGCCACACUUAGCACGGGCAGCUGACAGUUUUGGUGUUACAAGUCAAGACUUCUGUGUAAUCGCAACGCUAUCCCGGGUGCCAAGAUGUAUGUUGUCAAGGUUUUGGGCAUCAGCUUGGCCGUUUACCUAUUGGUGUGGGCAUCUGAGACCUGCCCUUCCGCGCCCGGUGGUGCUGCGUGUUGCCUCUCGGGUUGGGAGAGGUGGAACGGUUCCUGUUACAUCUUCAUACCUUCCAUGGCCUGGAACGAGGCCCGGUCGGCUUGCCAGGCCUGGGGUGGUGUGAUGGCCGCUCCGCGCUCACAGGAGGAAAAUAAUUUCCUGGCGGAAACGGCUGACAAAACUGGCAUCCAUUGGUUGUGGCUGGCCUGUCAAAAUGGGACCGAAAAUUGGGAAUGUGGAGGACGGGAGGCGGGUAUUUUCUCUAACUGGCGAGAGGGAGAGCCCAGCUAUUUUCCUGUCGAAUGCCCUGCUAUGCGUACACGAGACAACGAUUUCGGGAAAUGGAAUGACAUAUCAUGCGAAGGUAAGGCGUUUCAUGGUGCUGCAUGUGUUCGUCGCCCCAACCAGCUCCGCUCCUUCUGUCUACCCCUCGGUCCCGACGGACGGCCUCUCUCGGUGUGCCUUCGUAGUCACGUCGUCCAUGAGUUCCCUACCACGACCAUCAGCCGCUGCGGCUCGGCCUGCUGUGGCGACCCUCUUUGCCGAUCCUUCAACAUCCGAAAUACCACGAAAGGGGGAAAAAUCUGUCAAUUAAGCGAUGCCACCAGAUUUGACGACCCCAGCAAGUUUGAGAACGACGGAUCUUUCUGCCUGUACUUCGAAGUUUAGAUCCACUGUGUCAAGGACAGAGUCAUCUUGGUGAGGACAGAUACACAAAGACUUUGUUCAUCUUCUGGACAAAUGGGACACCUGAUCAUUUGAAAUACAAAUUUAAUUAUCUCAGUCAACAGCCAGGCGCUUAAAAAGUUCCGACGGCUUGUACCUUUCCCUAUUGUUAGGCUGCAUAAAAAAGAGUUGGUGAUCGUCCCCGCCCCUAAGAAAUACAUUCCUCCCCUCAUUUUUUUAAAGAUUUUAUUUAUUGAAAAAAAAUUAAAAUUUAGCGAUAUUUUGAUAUUUCGCGCUUUGGACAUGAUACUUCCAGAAAUCGCCGAUUACUCCCGAACAUCUACAUGUACCAGUGCAGAUUCACCUAACAUCGACUACAUGACGCGGCAAGAUGGAGCCCAUGGAACGAGGUUGAGAUUCACCAAUAUAGUGGCAGUCAUUCCCAGGUACUGAUUCCACUUUACAGAGCUACAGCGCUGAGACCCUGUCUGAAAAAACCUAUUUUCGUCUGGCUGUACAACCUCCAUCUCCUUUUUUCACGAAUGACUUGCCUGUGUAGAACCCUUUCGUAAACAAGAUAAAGAAAACUCAUUUCAUUUGAGGAAACUGCUCAUAUAUUUUCUAAUCCAGCAAAGAUGUAUGUUGAACUGAAAAAAAGCCCUCCCACCCCAAGAUUUAAAAAAAGGACGCUCAACGCUCAACAAUUAUUUCUUUUUGUGGCCUUAAAAGUUAUCGGGAUGUGUCAGAAGAUGGCAUAUUGCUGACUAAAUGAUACAGAUAAUCUGGGUUGAUUUUAUACUGCCAAUGAAAUACAGUCGAUUUAUCUUUCACAACCGUUCAUCUGCAGCGAUAUUUCAAUACGUCGGACAUUUUGCCGUCUUCAAGGGAAACGUUAAGUGUAAACACCGGCAGAGUUGAAUCAGAUCUGAGGAACACUGAGUCAUUGGGAGCUAGACCAAAUGCAUGGAAAGUACUAUGAAAUUCUUCGUGUGCUGGCAGUAUUCGGCUGUUGUUGACUUACUGAGACCUUACCGAGGAAAGGAAAAUCGUUCCACCGGCAAUAUCAAAACUUGAUUUGAUUCCAAGUACACCUAAUAGAUUCACACAAAACAGGAGCCCACGCACAUCUAUAUUUCAACUUGAUAUAAAAUUUCAAAAAAGAACGUUGAAUAUCUAAAGUUUUCGGUUGCAAACAGGUUAUUUUUAUCAAACUGCAAAUCAAACACCAUCGGUUGCGAUAAUUUUAAAAUGCUUAUAAUGACUGUAAUUAAAAAAUUAAAAUUUCUUAAACGCUGUAUUUCAGAAGAGGCAAACAACGCGAAGAAGCUAAUUUGCGUGGGACGUUUUGCUUCACAAGUUGCGUCAGAUAAGACAGGACAAGCAAUGUCUAUGAUUGUAAUGGAGAGAGACAGAAUAACUGUACAUACAUUUCAUAGCCACCUAAAGAUUUUUUUAUUUAUUUCAACCUUUGUACACAGAGCCAAUUAGUAUAACUGCUGUACCAUAUCACAUUAUUGAAAACCUGAAAAAUAGAAGUUCA